AUGAUUCUCGGCAUAGUGCUCAUUUACAUUGCAUGCUGUAACGCACUCCCAGCGUUCAAGAGAGCUUCGUUCGAUCCCAACGCCAUCUAUCAACAACAGUCACAGGCAGCUCAGUCGUUUCUUGCUGGGUCCUCAAACAAUGUAGCAUCCCCAGGAGGAAGUAACCCCGCAAGCCCUUCAGGUGGAAGCAGCGGAGGUUCUUCCGGAUCUUCACAAUCGGGAGCUAGCGGUGGAAGCAUUUCCGGAAGUUUCGACCCAAAUGCUCUCUUCCAGCAACAAAUGCAGCAAGCUCAACAGUUCAUGCAGUCAAGCGGUUCCAGCAGUUCAUCGUCGAGUUCCAGCAGUUCAUCACCAGGGAGCAGUUCUAGCAGUGGUUCUGGUGGUUCUAGCAACAGCUUCAAUCCAAAUCAAAUGAUGUCUGGUUCUUCAUCAACUUCCUCAGGUGCUUCACCAAUGGGCAAUUUUGAUCCAAACUCACUAAAUAAUCAAAUGAUGCAACAAGCUCAACAGAACAUGAACAAUGCAGGUGGUAGUAAUAGCGGAAGUCAACCCUCCUCGAGUGGCUCCAGUUCCGGAUCUAGUGGAAGUUCCAGCAGCUUCGAUCCUAAUGCUUUGAAUAACCAAAUGAUGCAACAAGCUCAACAAAAUAUGAAUAGUGGAAGCGGAAGUGGUGGAAGUCAAUCCGGAAGUGGUGGAAGUCAAUCCUCAAGCAGUUCGAGUUCAGGAUCAAGUACAGGCAGCUUUAAUCCUAAUUCUUUCAACAAUCAAAUGACUCAACAGACACAACCAGGCAGUACCAGUGGUGGAAGCAGUGGAAAUGGAGGUAGCAGCAGCAGCUUUGAUCCAACAACAAUGAACAACAACAUGCUCAACCAAAAUCUCCAAAAUAUGCAACAAAUGUCUUCAAUGACUCAAGGAAUGAACAUGAAUGGAGGAUCAAGUGGCGCGAGUAGUUCAUCUGGUACUUCUACUGGAAGCGGAACAUCAGGAAGCAGUACUAGUCAAAUGUCACCAAGCAAUAUGAUGACCGGAGGAAGUUCAUCAUCUAUGGGAGGAUCUUCGGGUUCCAAUGGAGGUGGCUCAAGCCAGAUGAUGUCGCCAAGCAGUAUGAUGGGUGGAAGUUCUGGAGGUAGUGGGGGCAGCGGUAGCAGCUCUGGAGGGGGAAGCAGUAGUAACUCUGGGAGCUUUGAUCCAAAUGAAAUUAACAGUCCUGAUAAAAACAAAAUUGAUCCAGCCCAAUUUAUGCAGAAUAUGGGAACCAGUGGUGGAUCUUCAAGUCCGAGUGGUGGAUCAUCAGGAGGCAGUUCCAAUCAAAUGAUGUCACCAAGUUAUAUGAUGAGUGGAAGUGGAGGAAGUUCUCCAUCAAUGACUGGAUCUUCAUCUGGAAGUGGAUCAAGUGGAAGUGGUGGAUCAAGUCAGAUGUCGCCAAGCAACAUGAUGGGAGGUAGCUCUUCUUCCAGCGGAGGUGGUUCAAGUAGCGGUGGAAGUAGCAGCACCUCUGGAGGAGGUAGUGGUGGAUCUGGUAGUGGCAGCACCUCUGGAGGAGGUAGUGGUGGAUCUGGUAGUGGCAGCACCUCUGGAGGAGGUAGUGGUGGAUCAGCUAGCUUCGAUCCAAAUCAACUCAAUCAGCAAAUGAUGUCCUCAUCUAGUAUGACCGAUCCAUCAAAGUUUACCAGUGGAGUAAGUGCAGGGAGUACAUCAGGAUCCAUGGGAAAUGGAAUGAAAUUUAAUGUUCUUGACCCCAGUCAAUUUGUUGGAUAA